UUUUUGCCUCAGCAGUGGGCGGGAUCUUACUGUAGAAGAGAAAGUGAAACUCAACAGCAGGCACAUUCAGGAAGGAAGGAUGAUGAAGCCAAAAUGAACGAGGUUUAAUAAAAACAGGUCCUGAGACAUUUUUGAUUCAGCUGUAUUCUGGUGAACGUGUAACAUCUGGGCACAUCAUCCCGGCAGGGGUUCAGCACUCACUUCAGGUGGUCCUUCAUCGCUCCUCGUGUUUGGGAUGUAACCAAGUUCAAUAAUAGCUGUCAACUUGUCACAAUACUAGCUUUUUCUUUUUAAAUCAGUGGUUUCAGGACAUUUCAUCUAAAAUGGUCUUGGUGAGGCUAUUAGUGCUGUCUCUAUUUCACAUGUCUCUGGUUGGGUCUCAGCCCACCCAGAGUCAACAACAGGCGUCAAGCCCAACCCACCCCUCAGGAGAACAGUCUCCUUUGGGUACUGGUAAUCUCUCCUUCCCUUGGAGUCGUCUUCGCCUGCCAAGGUACAUCAUUCCUCUUCACUACCACCUCCUCCUGCACCCAAACCUCACAAGCCUCAGUUUCACUGGCUCAGUGCAGAUCCAGAUUGAUGUCCAGAACAAUACAAACUGGGUUGUAUUACACAGCAAGGGUCUGCAGAUCUCUAAGGCCACCAUAUUGGACCAGAACCUUGCUCAUCUGUCUGACCAGGUUCUUCCAGUUCUUCACAACCCUUCCCACGAGCAGAUUGGUAUUUUCUCUCCCAGGGUGCUCAGCAAUGGGCAAAAGUAUUUUCUGUAUAUUGAGUUUGGGGCAAAACUUGCAGAAGGCUUCUAUGGUUUCUACAAGAGCACCUACAGAACCAGCACAGGAGAGACCAGAACCUUAGCUUCAACUCACUUUGAGCCCACAAGUGCUCGGAUGGCAUUCCCUUGUUUCGAUGAGCCAGGCUUCAAAGCCAACUUCUCCAUACGGAUCAGGAGGAGUCCAGAGUACAUUUCUCUGUCCAACAUGCCUGUGGUCAAGACAGUUGAAGUAGACGAUGGCCUCCUUGAGGACCAGUUUGAUGCAAGCGUAAAGAUGAGCACGUACCUCGUAGCUUUUGUCAUCUGUGACUUUAAAUCUGUCACUGCGACAACAUCUUCGGGGGUGCAGGUGUCCAUCUAUGCCGCCCCUGAGAAGUGGCAGCAAACCCGCUAUGCCUUGGAGGUUGCUGUCAAAAUGCUAGACUUCUAUGAGGAGUAUUUCAACAUCCACUAUCCUCUACCCAAACAAGAUCUAAUAGCCAUUCCAGACUUCCAGUCUGGUGCGAUGGAGAACUGGGGUCUGACCACCUACAGAGAGACCAGCCUUCUUUUUGAUCCACUCACAUCGUCCAUUUCUGAUCAGCUCUGGGUUACUAUGGUGAUUGGCCAUGAGCUCGCCCAUCAGUGGUUCGGUAACUUGGUGACCAUGGAGUGGUGGAACGAUAUUUGGCUGAAUGAAGGAUUUGCCAGAUACAUGGAGUACAUUUCAGUCGAGGCCACCUACCCCGACCUCAAAGUGGAGGAAUAUCUACUGCACACCUGUUUUGCAGCAGUUGGUCAUGAUUCCUUGAACUCCUCUCGGCCAAUAUCCAGCCCAGCAGAGAACCCCACCCAGAUCAAACAGAUGUUUGACACAGUCUCCUAUGACAAAGGAGCAUGUGUCCUGCACAUGCUGCGACACUUUCUGUCAGAUGAUGUGUUCCAGAGUGGGAUAGUUCGAUACCUCCGCAAAUACAGCUACAGAAAUGCACACAACCAGGACCUGUGGGACAGUCUAGCAAAUACAUGCUCUGAGGAGGACUUCAUCUCAGGAAAACACUGUUACAGCAGCAGCCAGGCCUCCAAGAAUGCCUACCUGUUUGCAGGGGAACACCUGGACCUGACAGCCAUGAUGAACACUUGGACUCUGCAGAAAGGUAUUCCUCUGGUUACUGUAACUAGGAAGGGGCCACGUCUGCUGCUCAGACAGGACAGGUUCUUGAGGACAGUGCUGCCUUCUGACCCCCUCUGGUCCACAUUGCAACAAGGUUUCCUGUGGCACAUCCCUCUGACAUACAAGACAGAUGCUUCCAGCACCAUCCACAGACACCUGAUGACAACACACACAGACAGUAUACAUAUAGGAGAGGAAGUCAACUGGGUGAAAGUAAACACAGACAUGACAGGCUACUAUGUGGUACAUUACGAGGAUGGUGGUUGGGAUGAGAUGACCAAACUACUUUUGGAAAACCACACUGCUCUGAGCUACAAAGACAGGACUCACUUGAUACACAACGCCUUUCAAUUGGUCACGGCAGGUCAUCUGUCACUUGAUAAAGCUUUAGAUCUGAUUGGUUACCUGCAAUUGGAGACACACACGGUGCCUCUCCUCCAAGGACUGGGCUAUCUGGAGGCCUUUUACCGGAUGAUUGAGAAAAGGAAUGAAUUUGAUCUAACACGCAACCUGGGGACGUACAUAUUGCGAUUUUUCCGAGCUGUCAUUAACCAGCAGACGUGGAGCGACAGCGGCUCUGUGUCAGAGCGACGGCUGAGGUCAGACGUCCUCUCACUGGCUUGCCACCUGGAUGAUCCUCCCUGUCUGGACCGGGCACGCCAGAGCUUCAAAGACUGGCUUCAGUCCAAUGGUACCCUCAACUUGCCCACUGACGUGGCAGAAACAGUGUAUUCAGUUGGAGCUCAGGAUGACCACGGCUGGGCCUCACUCUUGCACACAUACAACAUCUCCCUCUCUGCAGCACAGAAAAACAAAAUCCUGUUUGCCUUGACCUGCAGCAGAGACGCAAACAAACUACAAAGACUGCUGGAGUUGGGUCUGGAAGGGAAGGUGAUUCGAUCCCAGGACCUGUCCAGUCUUAUCCUGAUGGUGGCCAGAAACCCGCAGGGACAUCACCUCGCCUGGAACUUUGUCAAAAAGAACUGGGACACGCUGGUUGAAAAGUUCCAGUUGGGCUCAUUUUGUAUUAGAAACAUCAUCAUUGGUACCACAGGCCAGUUUUCAUCUCCAGAGGAACUCGCUGAUGUGCAGUUGUUCUUCGAGUCCAUCAAAGAACAGGCUUCUCAGCUGAGAGCCACUCAGGUUGCCCUGGACAACAUGCAGAAAAAUCUUCGCUGGUUUCAGAGGAAUCUAGAGACUCUGAGAAACUGGCUGAACAAGCAAAUGCAGUGAAAAAACAUCAGAAAGAGGUGACGGUUGAUGAUAGAUGCCAGAGAGGCGAUAUUUUUGAAUUUGUAAGUGUUUUUAUUUGCAAAUUGCACUGAAGAGUUGACAGUUUUGUAUAUGAAAAAGCAUUUUGUAAAUUUUCUGGGGACUUAAUUGUUAGACAAAAAACAAAAAAAUUUAAUUUGUGGAACUGCCAGCUGAGUAGUAGUUGAGUGUGUGGGGAGCUGUGUGUUUACCGUGAACUUUGUGUGUUGUGUGUGUGUGUGUUGUGUGUGUGUGUGUGUGUGUGUGUAUGUGAGAGAGGGAGAGAGAUUCAUUCCAAAGUGACACUCAAAUGCUGUGUAAAUGGAUUCUUUAAACUGAAAAUUAAAGGGUUCAUUAUA